AUGAGUGCCCCGCGCUGCCGACGCAGAUGCAGUAAUGACCAAUCUAAUUCUUUUCAAAUCCUCGUGCCACCACAUGAAGGGCUCGCACCUCCGACUAUAGAAGAAUCACCUGCGGUGCGCCCUGCCCUACGCCGCCGCCGACACACACACCUAGCCGCUCUGUGGGGAUCGCUGUUGGACGUGUUUGAGAGGGCUCCCCACAACUACCGCCACAGGCCCACAAGAGUGCAGCGCAAAUGCUCACACAAAAAGUCCCGCCAUGGUGCCCGAUCCCACCGCAUUCGCACCACCGUGUUGGAGUUGGUGGCGGAGCCUUUCACCUCUCCCUCCCCCUCUCCCUAUCCUUCUAUGAUGUCUGCUAAACUGGGUCCUCCUCCCGCUGCUGGGGCUCGUCCACAGCAUCCCGGGUGUCCUGGACCCGCAAACCCAAAAGCCUUCUUUACCACCCGCUGA